GUGGUGGAAUGGACAACAUGUGUACAAUUUACGACUUAAAUAAUAAGGAUGCUAAUGGAAUAGCUAAAAUGGUUAGAGAACUAGCUGGAUAUGAUGGAUUUCUUAGUUCUUGUCGUUUUCUAAGUGAUAAAUCAAUUAUCACAGGAUCAGGUGACAUGAAAAUCUGCAAGUGGGAUUUAGAAACAGGAAAGAAAACAUCUGACUUUAUAGCUCACAAUGGAGAUGUAGUAUCUAUUAGUUUAUCACCUGAUGGAAACAGUUUUGUGACAGGAAGUGUAGACAAAACCUGUAGAUUAUGGGACAUACGAGAAGAAAAACCCAAACAAACGUUUUUUGGACAUGAAGCAGAUGUUAACUCAGUGUGUUUUCAUCCAAGUGGUUAUGCAUUUGCUACAGGAUCUGAAGACAAAUCAGCACGACUAUUUGAUAUCCGAAGUGACCAACAAAUUGCUGUGUAUAAACCACCCACACCUAAUAGUGGUUUUACAUCUUGUGGCUUAUCUAUUAGUGGUAGAAUAUUAUUAUGUGGGUCAGAUGAUAAUAAUGUACAUAUGUGGGAUUCCUUGAAAACUCAAUACAAUGGUAAGAAAGAUGUAAAAACAUUUGAAUUAUCUAUAAAUGAUUAUUAAUUAAUUAAAUUAUUAAAUAAUUAAAGUCCCUAAUAAUAGUAAAUAAAAACAUUAUUUGUAAUUUAUAAUUAUAAAUAGUAUUUUAUAAAAUUUGGAGGAUGUCACAAUUUAUAGGUGUA